CGGGCCUGUAGGACAAGCGAAGCUCAGCGUCGCUUCUGUCUGUGAGGAAUAGCGAUGGAGGGAUGAUCGGCACCGGCCCGGUGUUUGAUGAUGAACCGGAGCGACGGAGCGGCGGCGGCCGAGCGGGAUUUUGUUGUGGAUGGAGAGGAAAAUGUGUGCAGAGCUGCUGGUUACAUGACAGACUGUCUGAAUGAAGACACUGAUAAAGUUCCUCUUCAAACGCACCCACUGAGGGAAUUUGAGCAGCACCUCAGUGAUCUGAAGAAGGAGAACUUCAGCCUCAAGCUGCGCAUCUACUUCCUGGAGGAGCGGAUCCAGCAGAAGUUUGAGGACAGCAGCGAUGAGAUCUACAGGACGAACAUCGAGCUGAAGGUGGAGGUGGAGAGUCUGAAACAGGAGCUGCAGGAAAAACAGCAACUACUGGAUAAAGCUCUGAGAGCAGCAGAGAGUCUGAGCAAUCACAAUGAAGAGGAGCUGCAGCAACGGUGUGAGGAGAGACAACAGGAGAUCGAUCACAUGCAGCAGGUGCUGGAGACCAAGAUACAGAUACUGCAGGAGGAGGCUCAGUUAGCGCGGGACGAGGCCGAGCGCAUGGCCAGCAUCACUGAAUCUCACUCCCAGCAUCCAUCUGUCACCAUGGAAAUGGUUGCCAAGGACACUCCAGGAGACACAAGCACAAAGCCUGAUGAAGAUGCAGACAGUGAGAGGAUCCAGCAGCUGAGAGCAGCGCUGUGCCUUAAGGAGCAGAUGAUCAGAGAGCUAACGGAGGAGAAGACGGAGCUGAGACAGAGAGUGAGACACAUGGAGGAGCAGCUGGAGCAGCUGUCUGUGUCUCUGCUGCAGAGAGAGAGAGAUGCACAGUUCUAUCAGGAGGAGUUGGGUCGUGAGAGGCUCCGUGUGCAGCAGGAGAUGCAGAGUCUGAUGGAAGAGCAGCAGCUGCAUCAGUAUGAGCACACCGCUGGACAGUGUGUGGAUGAACUACAGCAAGCGCAGAAGCAGAUCAACGAGAGCGAGACCAACAACAAGGAGCUUCUGGAGAAAGUGUGUGAGAUGGAGUCAGAGCUUCGGUCCAUCAGACAAGCUGCUCAGAACCAAGAGAGAACCAUCCAGAACCUCACAGACAGCCUGAGAACUAAAGACACAGAGACUCAGGAGCUGUGCUGUGUGAUUGAGGGCCAGAACAAAACACUGCGUAAAAUCACAGAGACCCACCAGCAGCAGCUGCAACACACACAGUCUUCACACGGCGCCGUGGACUCGGGUUCGGUUCUGGGCUCCCAGAGUUCUCUGUUCUCGUGUCAGCUGGAGUUGGAGGCGAGUCAGUGCGCUCACAGACUGACUCAAAGACGUCUGGAGGAUCUGAAGCGAGAGCGAGAACGACUGCAGAAUGACCUCCAGGAGGCGCUGCAGCACAGAGACGUCAGUCACAAACACAACCAGGAGCUGCGUGAGAUGGUUGAGCAGCUGCGGUCUGAGCUGCAGGUCAAAGUGUGUGAGCUGAGAGAUUGUGAAGCCUUGACUCGCUCAGAAAUCACUGACCGGGACAAAAGUAUUGCACAGCUCCAGCAGAGUUUAUGCCGCAAAGACGCGCUGCUGCAGGAGUAUGCAGAGCUUGACUCGUGUGACUCCAGCAGUCGCGAGGAGAGAGACGCGCUGCUGCAGACGCUAAGGAGCCGCAUCCGAGACAGAGACGCCGCGCUGGAGCGUUCAAUCGAUGAGAAGUUCCUCUGUCUGGAGGAGAAGGACGGUGAGGUGCGUCGACUGCAGCUGGUGCUCCGUGAGAAAGAGCGAGACCUGGAGAGACUGCGCUGUGUCCUCAAUAACAACAACGACACCAUCACGGGUUUGGAUGCUCUGGUGCGCAGUAAGGAUCUGGAUUUGGAGAGAAUGCAGGAAACGUGCCAGAAACUGGAGUGGCUGAAACAGCAGAGCGAUGAGAAACACACACUCGCUGUACAGGAGAGAGACGGCAUCAUUCAGCAGCUGCAGAAGGCGCUGCGCUCACACAGCAGAGAGAGCGAGGAGCUCAGGUCAGUGCUGCUGGAAGAAGUGUCCACUGCUGACCUGCUCCAUGAUCUCCAGUCCCAUCUGACCAUGAAAGAGCAUCUGUUUCAGGAAGUGAUGUCAGACCGUAGCCGGCAGGCACAGGAACACCACAGACAGCUGACGGAGCUGCUCCACACCAUCAGCUCCAGAGAUCAGGACAUGAAGGAUUACAGCCAGCAGUCGGGCCGGGUGAUUUCCGAGCAAUCGGGUCAGUUGCAAGAGUUGCGGAGGCAACUAACAUUGCGAGAACAGGAGCUGAAUGACAUGAACAGGCAGCGAGAGAAGGACGUUUCUGCGUCCAGAGAGCUGCAGAGACUUCAGGACGUACUCAAGGAGAAAGACACUUUCCUACAGGAGUUUCUGCGGGGUCCGAGUGAGUUGAACUCCACACCAGAACCGGCACAGGCCGUGUGUAUGAGCAGCUCAGGUGAUCUGGAUGUACAAGCCAUCAGAGAUGAACUACAGCUGACCCUUAAGAAAUACAAAGAGACUGAGCGGGAGCUCUCAGAGAUGCGCUCGGUUCUGUCUGCAGGGCAUUACAACACAUCAAGCUCUGAUCAGCAGUGUGUCCUGCAGCAGCUGGUGUCGGAGCAGCAGGCGCUGAAUGAAGCUCUGAGAGCAGAGAAGAGUGUUUAUGAGAAGCUCAGAUAUGUCCAAGGUCAGGACGACAGUGCUGAGAAGCCUGGAGCGCUGCACACUGAACUGCACUCGCUUCAGGUGCUGCGCCAACAGCUGGAGGAAACCCUGACGAGGGCCCGCGAGACGGCGCUGGUGCUGCACCGGGCCGUGCUGAUCCAGACCGACUAUGGAGAAUCCAGUAGUGAUGAAGAUGAAGAACGAUUGUGA